UUUUACGAUGAAAGCCCUGAUUUUAGCGGCCGGCUAUGGUACGAGAUUAGAACGAGAUUUAAAAGCCGACAAAAGUGGAAAAUAUGAACAUCUUAUUGGUGUUCCAAAGCCAUUGCUUCCURUAGGGGAGAAAGCUUUGAUAUCUCGAUGGAUGGAAUGUCUUGAAAGGGAACAUUCCAUUGCUGAGGUGUACGUAGUGACAAAUUCCCUUCAUUAUGAGAAAUUCAAGGAAUGGUCCCUUCAGUGGCCAAAUGUAAAACUUAUAAAUGAUGGAACAACUACAAAUGAAGGUAGACUCGGGGCUAUCAAAUGCAUACAGCUGUGUAUAGAUGAAAUUGUAGAUACAAACAAUGAUCUUAUCAUUAUUGGAGGCGAUACACUUUUCUUUGAAGAUUUUAGUCUUCAAAGUGUACUUGGACAAUUUCAAUUGAACACCAAAGUGAACCCAGGAACUCAAGUGCUAUGUUACAGAUGCAAGGACAAUGAAACAUCAAAAUUUGGMAUACUAGAAUUAAAUCAAGACCAUCAAGUCACAUCCUUUCUCGAAAAACCAUCWUCAGAUUCAACAGACUCCAGGUGGGCUUGUCCCUGCUUCUACAUAAUUCAUCAUAAAUGUUUUMAUUUUAUUGAAGAAUUUCUAUCAGAGAAAAAGGAUGCACAGAUCCACGAGAAGGAUGCUCCUGGAAAUUUAAUACGUUACCUAUAUUCCAGAGUUCCUGUGUUCGCGUUUGAAAUUUCUGGUCGAUUCGAUGUCGGCGGUUUACAGUCGUACAUUGACUGUAAUAAACAUUUUUAAUCGAUGCCAAAGUGCCCUCGGUGGUGUCKUUUCGGCUUUCUUGGUCAACGAGUUUGAGUAGGUUAGACGCACGUAUUUGUUGUGUUAUCACGCAUAGUUUUAAUUAUGUGCGAAAGAAGCAGAGUUUCCGGAAAAAAUAAAGUCAUAUUAUAUGUAUUUGAAACUAUUUAUUUAAAAAAUAAAGUAUAACAUUGUCGUA